ACAGACUAUUAAUGAUUCGAAUUUAAUUAUUCUUUAGAAUAGAAACUUUUUGGACAAAAGCUCCUUGUUGUGACCAAAACUUUUAAAGUUACUUACCUAUUUUUAGUUAAAAUGUCUGGUGUUAGUGGCGCGGGUGCUCCGCCCCUUGGCGGUGUGGUCAGAAAUAGCGCGUUAUCCUUUGUUGCGUCUGCGCAGCCAGCGGCAACAGCUGACAGCAUUCCGGGAAACUCGCAAGAAACGGAUCGGGAGCAGUUGGCGCAAGCAGACCGUCUAGUACCAGCAGGGCUUACUGCACUGUGUGAGGCUUGCUCCCGGCUGUAUCCAGAUCAGCCCAACCCUUUGCAAGUCACCACAAGACUUAAAUACUGGUUGGGUGGACAUGACCCAUUGGACUACAUAAGUAUGUACUGGAACCCUGGCAGACCAGAUGAGCAUAUACUGCCUCAUUGGCAUUAUGUCAGCUUCGGUCUCUCCGACCUACACGGCGACGGUCGCGUCCACCCCCUACCGGAGUUAACCCGUGACGCGCCAUCAGGCUACGGCUUCGAGCUAACCAUGCGUCUGUCGGCUGAGGAAGGGUUGAGUCAACCUCCGUUGUGGCCCGCGGCGUUACUGCAAGCACUGGCUAGAUAUGUUUUUACUACUGGUAACAAGCUCUGCGCUGGCGACCAUAUAACCUGGCACCGAGCUCUAGACGGCGGCGCGUCACGCUCGCGCCUGCGACACCUGCUCGUCGCCGCCGACACCAUGCUGCCGCCCGCACACACCCCGCACGGCGCCGUGCACUUCUUACAGAUAGUGGGAUGUACUGGCAGAGAAUUGAAAGCGGCGCAAAGAGGUUCAGGGUUUGAAGUACUGAAGCUUAUCAGUGAAGACCCCAAUUGUGGCGGCGCAUGGCUAGUAACACGCAUGUCGCGUCGCGCGUCGUGUCGCCGCGUGCGCGCUCCGCGACGUCGUGCGUCAGACUCACGCGACGGCGACCCCGCGCCGUUAGCGGGGGUGUCUGCCACACUGCGGUGGCUGCCUUGGACUCCGUCAGGUGAGGAGGUGUCUCCCGCCCCCCUCCCAGCGUCAGUUGAGCAGCAGAUUAAAGACACCUUGCAGCGAGGACUGAGCACCAUGACUGACAGGAGUGGCCCUGAAGGUCAUAUGUCAACAGACAGUUUUGAAAUGUCAAGUAUGGAGCGAGCGUUACCCCACAUACCUGAAUUGAUGGAGGGUUCGUGGCGUGGUGAAUCUGACGUAGAAUACUUGGACGGAGUUCACAUCAUGUUGAACCCUGAAGGCGCCAGUUUACUGCCGUUGGCUAUCGAUGGUCGUAUCCGUCUAGGUGCCCACUUUACAUGGCGCGGUCGCGGCGCCGCGCUCACGCUGCUGCCCGCGCGGGGGGGCGCCUCCAGGCCAUACUCUGCCACUAACACGUGGCUACAGGCGGAAAUACCAAAAGACUUAGCAGCGGACAUAUCAAAACAAGUUGCUUCAUUUUCCAAGUUAGCUGACACAGACUCCGAAUCAGGCAGCGAUGAAGACACCCAAGGACUGGAGCCCCCAAUGUUACCCAUCACUCUAACGUGGCCCAAACAUAAGUUAAAAAUAUCUGUAGUACAUGACAAUGAAUUUUUAUAACGUCAAAAUGACAAUAGGGGCGUGAUUCUACUAAUUUUACUUAAGCGACAUACGAUUCACAUCCGAAUGAGAUCCAAUCACGACUCAAUUACGAUUGGAGCGUAAUGUCUGUAUGACUGGAUGUGUACCCCGAGGACACGGUGGACCACACAGUCCAGGUGUGCCCCGCAUGGGAAGGGCACCGCCGGGUCCUCGUCGAGGCUUUGGGCGGCGGCGACCUCUCGCGUCCGGCCCUGGUUCAGGCCAUGGUCCGGGGCGAGAGGGAAUGGGAUGCCGUCGCCUCCUUCUGCGAAGCGGUCAUGCUCGAGAAGGAGGAGGCGGAACGCCAGAGAGUUCGCACCUCUCAUCCCGGCCGCCGCGCUGGACCAGGUAGACACCAUGGGCGCCGGGUGUCGCGAGAUGACUCCCGGCCACCGUAGGCGUGGGUCUGUGGGCGGUGAGUUCGGGUGGCUCAUCGUCCCUCUGUCUUUCUAGACGACAGACCCGUGUCGACGGCGCGCGUUGUUCCACGCGCUCCUCAAAGAGACGUCAG